AUGGAAGAAGUUAGGUGCCCCGAGCAUGGCACCUUCUGUCUUCUGAAGACUGGUGUCCGCGAUGGUCCAAAUAAAGGAAAGAGCUUCUACGUGUGCCGUAUGGAGGCGUGCGGCUUCGUCCAGCCCACCAACAUUCCUGUUUCCUACUGCUUACUGCAUGACAACUUUGUGGUAGAGCUUCAGUGUUUGCUUCGACCAAAGGGUGAGAAAGAAUACAAAUUGUUCUACCGUUGCGUUGGAAGUAAGACAGAGAGGAAGUCCUGGUGUGGAAGUAUUCCAUGGCAGGAUCCUAAUUCCAAAGAACAUUCUGUAGCCAGCAAGGCUCAGGAUACCUCCGAGCCAUUUCAUCAUCUUUCCAGCCAGCAGAGAAACCCAUUCAAGGUACUUGACAAGAAUCAAGAACCGUCUCUCUGGAAACAGCUCACCAAAGGUGAAGGCGAGGAAAAGACAGUUGAUAAGAAACAAAGGGAAAAGGCAGAUCAGCUCUUGGAUCAAAAGAAGGAACAGAAGUCUGAGCCUACAUGCUGGGUGGAGAAAGAUCUCUCAUCUGCUACGGUGGUAAAGAAAAAAGAAGCUGCAAUUCCUGAGAAGCAGCAUGGGGAGAAAACAGAGUUUCAGUGUGACGUGAAGGAGACUGAAGGCACACAUCAAAGACAUCUUUCUGAAAUCACACCCAAAUCAGGGCCUGGUAAUGAACAGAGAAAACCAUCUACAUCUUUUCAGGAGGAAUCAAAUGAGCAGAACAGUAGUGUCCAAAAAGAAACAGCACCUCCAGGAGAAAAGGAAACUAGACUCUUGCCUUUAACUGUUCAGAGUCAGAAACCAAUAAACAAGCCCCAGAAAGGAGAGCACCCCAAGAACUGGGAGGCCAGAGAGACAAAAGCUAAGGAUGACUCAAGCACAAAGAGCCCCGGGGAUUUCCAGGCGCAGCUGGAGAUUCCUGAUGUGCCCCGUCCUCAACCCGCGGCCCAGUCUGCAUCAGUGGUGGCAGGCCUUUUCCUGAGAGAAGGACGGAAAACGGACACAAGCAGUGAGGACAGUGAGGAAGAUGAUGUUGUUUUUGUUUCUUCUAAGCCAGGGAACCUCCCAUGUGACUUGACUUUGGAUUCACAGAAGAAGGGGAAUCUUAAAUUACCUCAUCAAAGCGAACAAAGAAAAAUCUCUCCUACCUCAGGGUUUUCUACGAAGGUAGAGUCUUCAGACCCCACAGCCCAACGAGUGUAUCUUACAACACAACUGAAACAAAAGAAGAGCACUCUGGCAUCAGUGAACAUCCAGGCUCUUCCAGACAAGGGUCAGAAGUUGUUGGGGCAAAUCCAGGCGUUGGAGGAAGCGCUCAGUGUUCUUACCAUCUCCCCAGAGCAAGGAACGAAUGAGAAGAGUAACACUGAAGCACCUCAACAAAAGAGCAGCUGCACCAAAACUACCGCUGCCCCUUCCCAUGUGGGUCAGUUUCUUCAACCUUCUAGUUCUAGUUCCCUAGGGCUGGAAGCUGGAGCCCCCAGUCCACACUGUGGAGAAAUUCCUUGUGUGAAUGAAUGGGCUAAAGGCAUUGAAGUAUUUUUCAGUGCGAUGUGCAGUCGCCUCCUGACCGGGAACACCUAUUUGUAUGCGGGCCAUACCAGCCAGGAUCGUCUCCAUGCAGUAUGGAAAAUCACAAGUAAAGCCAUUGAUGAGUUGCAUCGAUCACUGGAGUCGUGUCCUGGUGAGACCGCGCAGGCAGAAGAUCCUUCUGGGUUGAAGGUUCCUUUGCUUUUACAUCAGAAGCAGGCGUUAGCCUGGUUACUAUGGCGGGAAAGUCAGAAGCCACAAGGAGGAAUUCUGGCGGAUGAUAUGGGUUUAGGCAAAACUCUAACAAUGAUUGCACUUAUCCUGGCUCAGAAGAAUGAAGAGAAGCACAAAGAGAAGGACAGAAACUCCGUUACAUGGCUUUCUAAAGAUGAGCCCACUACCUAUACUUCCCAUGGAACACUAAUUAUCUGUCCUGCUUCCCUGAUCCAUCAUUGGAAAAAUGAGGUGGAAAAACGUGUGAGCCACAACAAACUAAGAAUCUAUCUCUAUCAUGGGCCAAACCGGGAUCAGCGUGCAAAAGUCCUCUCCUCAUAUGACAUUGUGAUCACUACCUACAGCCUUCUGGCCAAGGAGAUUCCCACACAGAAGCCAGAGGAAGAGGUCCCGGGUGCAGACCUCAAUGUGGAGGGCAUCUUAGUACCUUUGCUUCAAAUAGUCUGGGCUCGAAUCAUACUGGAUGAAGCUCACAAUAUUAAGAAUCCCCGAGUGCAGACUUCCAUAGCUGUGUGUAAGCUCCAAGCCCAGGCCCGUUGGGCUGUCACUGGGACCCCCAUUCAGAACAAUCUGUUGGACAUGUACUCGUUGUUAAAAUUUCUCCGUUGUUCUCCAUUUGAUGAGUUCAGUCUGUGGAAGAGUCAGGUUGACAAUGGUUCAAAGAAAGGAGGAGAACGACUAAGUAUUUUAACCAAGAGCCUUUUGCUGAGGAGAACAAAGGACCAGCUGGACUCCACCGGCAAACCUUUGGUGAUGCUGCCCCGGCGUAAAUGUCAGUUGCACCGUUUAAAGCUUUCUGAAGAUGAGGAGACUGUUUACAAUGUCUUUUUCGCAAGAUCAAGGUUGGCUCUGCAGUCCUAUCUAAAAACACAUGAAAAUGGGGAUAAGCAAUAUGGAAGAAGCCCUGAUAAUCCCUUCAGUAGAGUGGCACUGGAAUUUGGAUCCAGCGGGCCUGGACAUCCUGUGGUGGCUAACUCUCAGAGAUCCAGCACAGCCCACAUAUUGUCACAGCUGCUGAGACUCCGUCAGUGUUGCUGCCAUCUGUCUCUACUGAAGUCGGCCCUGGACCCAACCGAACUGAAGAGCGAAGGCCUCGUCCUUUCCCUGGAAGAGCAGCUCAGUGCAUUGACCCUGUCUGAACUCCACAGCCCAGAGCCGUCUUCCAUGGUUUGCCUUAAUGGCGCAUCCUUCAAGGUGGACCUUUUCAAAGACACACGAGAGAGCACUAAGAUAUCAUCCCUGUUGGCAGAAUUGGAGAGAAUCCGAAAAAAUUCAGAGUCCCAGAAGAGUGUCAUUGUUUCUCAGUGGGCCACCAUGCUGAAAGUCGUAGCAUUGCACCUUAGGAAGCAUGGAUUGACGUAUGCCACCAUUGAUGGCUCUGUCAACCCCAAACAGAGGAUGGACUUGGUUGAGGCAUUCAACAAUAAUCCCAGGGGUCCGCAGGUGAUGCUGAUCUCUCUCUUGGCUGGAGGUGUUGGUCUAAAUUUGACUGGAGGAAACCAUCUUUUUCUUCUUGACAUGCACUGGAAUCCAUCACUUGAAGAUCAAGCCUGUGACCGAAUUUACCGAGUAGGACAGCAGAAAGAUGUAGUCAUACACAGGUUUGUUUGUGAGAGAACAGUGGAGGAGAAGAUAAUGCAGCUCCAAGAUAGAAAGAAAGAUCUGGCCAAACAGGUCCUGUCAGGCUCAGGAGAAUCUGUCACCAAGCUCACUCUGGCUGACCUCAAAGUCCUUUUUGGCAUUUAA